UUGUUAUUAUACGCAUAUUUUUUUCCUCAUAUAGCUCGGUCGGAAGGCGCUAUCAUUAUCGGUGAUCAUGAUAUCACCGUACACGUCAAAUCUGGUGAAAAUCUUAUCCAAUCUUGUAAAGUCAAUGCCGAACAGCAUAGAUCAGUCACUAUUCGGUGGGGCAAAAUAAUCGACCCAACUAAAACUGUUCCAGCAUAUGAGGGCGAUGGUAAAGAGAUCAUUCGUCUCUCCAAUAUCGCUUUUAUUGUCUUUCCUUUGAUGCCCACAAGUGAAGCAAGCAACAAAUUGACCUCCAGUGCACCAGCAGUCAGUGCUCCCUUUGCUGUGAGUGACCCCGGGUCACCAGAGAGCCAGCUAGUCAUUCAGCGUGUCACAGGUCGAGAUGCUGGCAUGUAUAUCUGCUCUGUCAUCACGGAAUCUGGCUGGGACGACCGAAAACUCGUUCGAGUUGUUGUUUCUGAUGCUCAAACCGAACCAUUGCCAGAAACGGAAGAGAACAGUUAUUCUCGGCGUCUGGCCCUUUACAUUGCAGCACCAGUGGUGAUCUUCUUUGUAUGCAUCUUCAUAAUCAGCUAUUGUUUGAUUAAUCGCAAAAGCAGACGCUGUUCACAAAUGAAUGGGAACCAUACAAGGGCCACCUUACCAGUAAUGCGUCAGAUGGGAAACAGCAAUAACUCCAUGGGGAUGUAUCGUGGUGGUCUAAAUGGUACAGACCUUGCUGGAAAGACCAAUGCCAUGGGUCUAAUGGAUCAUCAUAUGACGCAUCAAUCUCCUCAGGGUCCACCCUCGUCGGCUGUUACCGCGCCUCCGGUGAAAAACAAUAACCACACCAUGAACAGUAAUGGCAAUCAUAUUGCCUACUCUUCAUCAACAGGGUCUCAUUCCCUUAGUGGGACAUCGGCGGGUACUCCUGGAUCGAUGCUGUUAGCCAACACUAUGGUCCAAGUGCUACCUCCUGAUGGUUCUGGUUAUCCCCUUCUCAAACCCAAUGGACAUCAUCACCACGGUCAUCCAGUUUCUCAACCAGCACCUCCUCACAGUGCUUACGAUCCCUACAAUACCGGACAUAUGAACGGAGGCGGAAUGGUGUACAUGCCUUCUGGGUACCAUGAUUUUCAAGCGUAG